CACAGACUCUGCUGCAGCUGGUUCGACGGUUGGCUGGAGAUCCCUGGCGGUGGAUUUUCGUCUUUCUAUCGUCCCGGGAAACCCUGAGAAGCAGCCGCAGCGUUUAAUGAGCUCCAUUCAUCUGGACCAGCAUGACCGAGACGAUUUUUCCCGUCUUGCAGACUGACGUAACAAUAUUACAAUGAAAGGAUGCAUUUUCUUGGGCUUUAUGAAAGUCUCGGCGCUCGUAUAGUCACCAGGGGGCAUGCACACGUCAAUGCAGCGCGGGAAACAUUUUAACAUCGUAACAUUGUAACAUCGGAUCUGGGAAACGUUCGAAUGGACGUAGGAGCGGCUCCGCGGCUCUUCAUAUCGCUGUAGUUUGUGUUACGGGAGGUUCCUGCUGCCCCCAUCCAUCUCUCCGGCUGUUGUUGUGAAUUGAUCUAACAUGGCGACUGUACCCGUGUAUUGCAUCUGCAGAUUACCUUACGACGUAACCCAGUUUAUGAUCGAAUGCGACGCCUGCAAAGACUGGUUUCACGGCAGCUGUGUGGGAGUGGAUGAAGAUGAAGCACCAGAUAUUGACAUCUAUCACUGUCCUAACUGUGAAAAGACCCACGGCAAAUCCACCUUGAAAAAGAAAAAGAGCUGGAAUAAGCAUGACACGGGGCAAAGCGGAGACGUCAGACCGGUUCAAAACGGCAGUCAGGUGUUCAUAAAAGAGUUGCGCAGCAGGACAUUCCCCAGUUCAGAAGAUGUGGUGGUCAAGCUGUCUGGAAGUCAGUUGACAUUGGACUAUCUUGAGGAGAAUGGAUUCAAUGAGCCAAUUCUCAUCCAGAAGAAAGAUGGGCUGGGGAUGGCCAUGCCUGCACCCACAUUCUACGUCAGUGACGUGGAAAACUAUGUUGGGCCUGAUGUUCUUGUGGAUGUUGUUGAUGUAACCAAACAAACAGACAGCAAGAUGAAGUUAAAAGAGUUUGUUGAUUUUUACUACAGCACAAGCAGAAAGAAAGUAUUAAAUGUGAUCAACCUGGAGUUUUCAGACACAAGAAUGGCCAAUAUUGUUGAGAGUCCGCAGAUAGUUCGGAAGUUAUCCUGGGUGGACAACUACUGGCCUGACGAUGCAUUGUUGGGGAAGCCCAAAGUGUCCAAAUACUGUCUCAUCUGUGUGAAAGACAGCUACACAGACUUCCACAUUGAGUGUGGAGGUGCCUCUGUGUGGUAUCAUGUACUUAAGGGAGAGAAAAUCUUCUUUCUGAUCAAGCCCACCUCUGCCAACCUUUCUCUGUAUGAGCGCUGGAGGUCCUCUUCCAACCACAGCGAGAUGUUUUUUGCUGACCAAGUGGACAAGUGUUACAAGUGCACACUUAAACAAGGGCAAACUCUUUUCAUUCCAUCAGGAUGGAUUAAUGCAAUACUGACUCCUGUGGACUGCUUAGCCUUCUCCGGGCAUUUUGUUCACAGUCUGAGCGUAGAGAUGCAAAUGAGAGCAUAUGAGGUGGAAAAAAGACUCAAAGUUGCCAGCCUCACUCCUUUUCCAAACUUCGAAACAGCAUGUUGGUAUGUGGGAAAAUACUACCUGGAGCGGUUUAAAGGUUUACAUAAGGCAAACAAGCAGCCACCUCCUUACUUGGUACACGGUGCCAAAAUUGUCAAUGGAGCGUUCAGAUCGUGGACUAAAAAACAGGCUCUUUUAGAGCAUGAGGACGAGCUUCCAGAAAACAUGAAGCCAGCACAGCUCAUUAAAGACCUUGCCAAAGAGAUUCGGAUUUCAGAGAAUGCAACAAAAGCCAUAAAGAGCGAACCCAGCAACUCAAAGCCCCCAGCCGAGGAACCCCCAUCUGCUCUAUCAGAACCAGAAGAGCCCACGUCCCCCGCACACAUCUCCUCGCCGCCACGAGAUAAGCCAGCUAGGAAGAAAGCCACAAAGCCACCCAAACCGCCCAAAAUGCCCAAGGUACCCAAACCACCGAAGGAACCCAAAAUAAAAGAAGGUGGCAAAAAGAAAGGGAAGAAAGCAAAAGAAGGCAUUUUACCUGAGAAAAAGCCCUCGAGUCUGGCAGCUCUUGAAUCCCAUGCAAAGGACAUCCUGAACAAGAUGGACCAGCCCAAAAAACUGUUAAAGACUGGGAUGAGUAUUUUGGAGAAAGAGACGAGUAAACCGAAUGACGUUGCAAAGUUUGAGAUGAUUCGAGAGCAUAAUAAGAACAAGACGGAGGCCAAAUGGAAAUAUAAGAACAGCAAACCUGAUUCGUUAUUGAAAAUGGAAGAAGAGCACAAAUUUGACAAAGGUCUACUCAGCCAUAAAGACAAUAAAUUUGCAUUUUCAUUGUCGAAUAAGAAGUUGCUGGGAUCAAAGAUGCUCAAAACCCAGACCAAUUCGAGUGUUUUUGGCUCAAUACAGAACAUCAAGGAAGAAAAGCCCAAGCCUGUGAGAGACGAGUAUGAGUACGUUUCUGAUGAGGGGGAGCUUAAGAUCGACGAAUUCCCAAUCAGGAGGAAAAAGAACGCAGUCAAGAGAGACUUUUCCUUUUUAUCAAACAUCAAAGAGCCCAUUCAGCCAUCGAAAAAGCCAAAGCUACAACCGUCGGACAUGAAGAAUCCAGAUUCAUCAGAUGAAGAAUCACUCCACAUAGACACGGAGGCCAAGACAGAGGUCAAAGGUCGUAAUUCCAAGGUCUCUAAGAAGAAAGGGGGCAGUUCAGCUGGGAUUCUGGAUCUCCUACAGGCCAGCAAACAAGUGGGCGGCAUUGACUACAGUAACAACAGUCAGCCACCUGCAUCCCCCAGCACACAGGAGGCCAUCCAGGGCAUGUUGUCCAUGGCUAACCUGCAGUCAUCAGACUCUUGUCUGCAACCGUCCUGGAGCAAUAGCCAAGCUAAGAACAACUCGCACAGCAGCUCAGCCAGCAAGAAGCCAAGCGGCGCGGCCGGAGCAGGGGGGAACGGCAAGCGACCAGCCAAACGCUUGCCCAAAAAGACGCAAAAGAGCAGCAGCGUGGACAGUUCGGACAUGUUCGAUGAUGACCAGGACCACCUGGAUGCGUGCUUUAAGGAUUCUGAUUAUGUUUAUCCAUCUCUGGAAUCUGAGGAGGACAACCCCAUUUUCAAAUCGAGAUCGAAAAAAAGGAAAAAUACAGAUGACACUCCGUAUAGUCCAACAGCACGCGUUGGGCCUACUGUACCACGACAGGAGAGACCAGCUCGGGAGGGGGCACGUGUGGCGUCCAUAGAGACAGGACUGGCAGCUGCGGCAGCUAAAUUGUCUCAUCAGGAGGAGCAAAAGAUCAAGAAGAAGAAAAAGAGUACCAAAAAGAAGCCCAUGGCUGUAGAGGAGCCUCACAAACUCUCUCAGGACAGCAGCUCUCCAGAACCCACCCCAGACUCCGAGACCAACCUGGCCGACCACGAGUACAGCACUGGAACGGGCAAAACCGCCGGCAGCUCGCAACCCAUGGCCCCCGGAGUCUUCCUCAGCCAGAGGCGGCCUUCAUCAUCGUCAUCAUCUCAGAUCACCUCAUCUGUCCCGCCAGCAAAAGUCGAACGUGGGAACUCGACGGACGCCAAAGCCAAGCGGCUAAAGAAAGGAAUGGCAACGGCCAAACAGAGACUUGGAAAAAUCUUAAAGAUUCAUCGUAACGGCAAGCUCCUGCUGUAACAUGGACAAUGGAUGACUUAGACUUUCUCCUGAUGUUUAUGGACCUGUGGACUGAUCCCUCCCUCCCUCCCUCCCUCCCUCCCUCCCUCCCUCGAUGAGCCGGGAUGAGAGCAGCAAGGACUGAAAUGGACGGGAACGCAAACAGGAUCCCACAAGUUUUCAAUUUCUAAGAAGAACAUAGCUCAGAUAGGUUUUUGCCUCUUCUUUUACUUUAUAACUUUCAGAUAUUAAAAAUGUACAGAAUACCUGCUAUUAAUAUUUUGUAAGAAGAAUUUGUCUUGUUUUACUACGGCUAUCAGUUUAUCAGGGGUUGCUAAUAUAUUAUAAGAUACAGUAAAUAGCAGUCAUUCCAAGACAAAGAAAGUAUCCCUUGCAUGUAUUCCAGUUGCAUGCAUUGUUUUGGGGGGGAAGGGUUGGUGGAAGGUUGCAAACAAGAAGUUCAUUACUGCUUUUUGGAUGUGGCUUAUCAUUAUCUUUUCUUUUUCUUUUUCAUUUUUACAAGUAUUACUAAAGAGAUAAUUUUCACAAUAACUGCCUGGGUGAUUUUAAAAUCCCCCAUUUGGAAUUUACUUUCCUUAAGCAAAAAAUCAUUUUAUACGCAUUACCUACGUGGGACAACUGAAAAAGUACUUUUCUGUUUGCUAAGCACUAUCACAGAUAAUAUUUAUUGACCUAAUAUAAUUGUACAAGUUAUAGGUAGCUUGAGAAAAGCCAGAAGGCACUUACAAAACAUCAGUGAAGCACAAAUAUGAACUCAUAUUGUUAGUAAUGUUGUCUCAAUAGCUACUAUAAAAUGACAACUAUAGCUUUAUUUUAUCCUUAUUAACUUUUUUUUGUUUUUUUUUAACAAAUAUAGGAAAAAAUUGUUUUUGUGGGGAAACAAAAAUCAUCAAACAUGCAUAUCGAUAAAAAACCAUGAUUGAAAUACUUAUUUUCCCCUUGUUCUAGCAAUUCAGUGUAUCACAUGACAUACAAUGUCACAAUUAAACUUUUCCUGAAUUGUUAGCACAUCUUUUACUUUUUUUAUUUAUAUCUAUAUUUUUGUUGUUUUUAGACAUUGAUACUUUUAUGUCAUCCUGUUUUACAAUGUAGCUCUUAUUACGGUUCCAUUUUGCAUUACGAAACACUUGCCAAAAGCAACGAAACACUACAUAAAUAGGAUCUCUAGCACUGAUGAUAAGCCUCAUCCAUGACAUUUCACUACAUGGGGAUACUUUCUCUCUUCUGUUUGUUUCACAGGCAGCACCAAUUACCCUAGAAUGAAAUAUGCAUUUAUAUUGCUUCACAGUACAGUAUGUAGAAUGUAGCCUGUAUAUAGCUUUUUAAAUGACUACUUUUUGUAUCCUUUUUUCCUUAAUACUUCAUUAUACAUUUUUACUAGUUUUUGCUAAUUACAAACAAAAAAUAUAUAUAAAGAUAUAGAAAUAGUCAUUUCGUUUUUUCAUUUUUUUGUUAGAUACACAAUAGCUGUACUUUUUUUUUUUUGCCAUUGUUUUGUUUUCAUUUCAUUCUGUUACAUUAGACAAAAGGUGUUGCCUGGAGAACAAAAUACACAGUGUAACAUUUAUUCUCAUAUGGCCUUACAUGCAGAAAACCAUGUGUAUUAUGAUUCAUUUAUGAUGGGGGAUAAGAAAAAAAAAAUUCAACAAUUGUUUCUACGACCAGCCUGAGCUAAAAUACCCCUGAUGGAUUUUAAAGUUAUUUUACUAGCACCUUGUGAAGUGUUUUCUGUGUCAGUGAUGUAAUUUAUUAAUGUUUGUAGCCUUUUAUACUUGUAUAAUUCUUAAGAGGUUUUGUUUUAAAUCUUUUAUCAGUCUGUGAGCCCCUUAGGACACUUCUAUCAUUAACAUUGGGCAAUAGUUUCUUUUUUUGUCUUAGCAAAAUUUGUCAUCCAAAUCAAGUGCAACUGCUCAUCAAUACGAAAUGUUACAUUAUUAUUGUUAUUAUUAUUAAGCAGCUAUUUUAAAGAUCCAUACCAUCAUGCCAUGAGUUUUAUUUUGGUAAUAGAGUAUGUACAUUCUUAACCAGGUUUACUGUGCUCAUAAAUUGCAGUGUUUUAGUUACCAAUGUAAAUCUUGUAUCCACCUUUCCGAAUCAAAACAAUGGAACUAUUUCAGGUUUUUAUUUGUACAAAAUGUGUGUUGCUUUGUUGUGGUUUAUUUUUAUAUGUUCAAACAAUUAAAUGCAUCCACUGUUUCAUUGCAGUGAAUGAUACUUUUGUA